AUUCCAGUGGAGAAUGUCAGCGAGGAACGACUAAGUUCCAUUAUGAAUUCUGAGCUCUUUGAGGGUGACAUCUUGGGUAUCGAUAUGGCAACAAUAAUAUCACAGAUGAUUUUUAGAGAUGAACCACUGGAUCCAUACGAUAACGUAUUCAAUCUCUCUUAUCAUAACGCAUUAAAUAUGGCAAGAUAUAGGCGUAGGCUAUGGCCAAAUGGAAGAGUACCAUAUGUAUUGGAAAGCGGAAUGACUAGAGUGCAAAGAAUAGCCAUUGCACAAGCAUUCAAUGAAUAUCA